AUGAACAAAGACAUCGAAUUAGCUGGCCUCUGCCAGGCAGACGGCGCCGCCGGCCUCGUAUGGCAAGACAUCAAGGUGUCGGUCCCGGCCAAGCGUUCUCUCGGCUCACGACUGUUCAAGUCCUCCAGCGCUGCAACAGCCGAUGCUUGGAGCGAGAAGAUUCUGCUCGAGAGACUUUCCGGCAGCAUCGUUCCCGGUGAGAUGCUUGCCAUCAUGGGCCCCUCGGGUGCUGGCAAGUCUACUCUGCUAGACGUGCUCUCCGGUCGCAAACAGCCUACCUCUGGCCACGUCACCGUCCCCAUCUCUGCACAUGACGUCAAGAGCAUCUCUUCGUACGUCGAGCAGUCCGACUCGCUUCUCGGUGUGCUCACCGUCCGCGAGACCAUCUGGUACUCGGCUAAACUCUCUCUUCCGCCUUCCACCCCGCUCUCCGCCAUCGACCAACGGACCGACCUCGUCCUCCGCGAUCUCGGUCUGACUUCAGUCGCAAACCAGAAGAUUGGCACCCCGAUUCAACGCGGCAUCAGUGGUGGCCAGAAACGUCGUGUUAGCAUCGGUUGCUCGCUCGUCACCUUGCCCAAGAUUCUGUUUCUCGACGAACCCACCAGUGGUCUGGACACCUUCACCGCGUACGAAGUCAUUUCGGCGAUCCGAGCGCUGGCCACAAAACAUGGCAUCGCAGUUUUGGCUACAAUUCACAGUCCCAACUGGGAAAUCUUCAGCUGCUUUGACAAGACGCUGCUGUUGAGUAAAGGCAGGACAAUCUAUCAAGGCAAAGUCGGUGGCGUGAAAGGCUGGUUCGAGGGGUUGGGUUGGAAGUGUGGCGAGAACACGAACCCUGCCGACUUCAUGGUUUCCUUGGUGAACGAUGAUUUUAUGCAAGGUGGUCAGACUGAGGCUGAGGAGGUGACGAUGCAAGCCAAGGUCAGGAAGGGUGAUACGAAAGGGUUCGCUGAAGCUUGGGCAAACUACGCUUCGACGAGGGUUACUGCUGCUACGAUGCGACGCUUGUCCAUUAGCAGUCGCAGUAGCGGCCAUCCUUCGGCACCGAUUGGGGCAGAAGCAGCUCCAAGCAGCAAAGAGCAAACCAAACACGAAGCCUUCAAGCCAUCACGCUCUUCUCACGCCUCUAGCCCUUCUGUUGAGGAAGGAUCGAGCGCUCUAUCCGUCCAGUUGUCGCGAACGAUCACCUUGACACGUCGCAACUUUGUCAACUACUCUCGCAACCUUCUCGCGUAUGGGGUUCGUCUGUCCAUGUACAUCGGUAUGGGCAUCCUGCUCGCCACGGUCUGGGUCAAGCUUGCUCAAACAUCCACUCGAAUCAACGACCGACUGUCGGUGCACUUCUUCUCGGUCGCGUUCCUCGGCUUCAUGUCGGUCGCUGGCAUCCCUUCGUUCCUCGAGGAACGCUCGGUCCUCCUCCGCGAGGCUAACAACAACCUCUACGGUCCGCUGCCCUUUACGCUCGCCAACACAAUCUCGACUCUGCCGCUCCUGUUCCUCUGUAGCACACUGUUUUCGAUUAUCUGCUACUGGUCCAUUGGCUUGCAUCCUGGUGCGGACACGUUUUUCCGAUUCCUCGCAUACCUGUAUGCUGGAGUGGUGGCUGCUGAGUUCCAAGCUCUGCUCAUCGCUGCGGCGCUACCGAUCUUUGUAGCCGCGCUCGCUGUCAGCGCGUUCCUCAACGGAUUCUGGAUGUGCGUCCAGGGCUACUUUAUUCGAAGUGUCAACCUGCCCAGGUUCUGGUACUACUGGGCGCACUGGAUCGACUACGAGACCUACGCUUUCAGCAUGCUCGUUCAGAACGACUUCAACGGCUUGGUCUUUAGCUGUUCCGGCUCGCUCCAGGCUGGCGACUGUAGCUGCGAGUUCCCCAGCAGUCUGAUCGCUAAGGGAACGUGCGCGCUUCGCGGAGAGGAUGUCGUCGAGGCCUUGCAACUUGGAAACAUCAGCAUAGCGCUUGGCGCUGGAAUUCUGGUCGCCAUCAUUGUCGUUUACAGAGUCUUGUUCUACGCUGCCCUGCGAUGGCAGCUCAAGUAG